AUGAACUCAAAUACAUCCGUUUCGAAAAAGAUUUUGUUACAGGGUCUUAUAUGUGGUGAAGAUCCAAUUGUAAAUGACAUUAUUCAAAUUUUGAUAAACAAAUAUAAUGGUUGUGAUAAAAAUAAAGGAAUUCGUCGGAAAAAAACCACUAUACAAAAUCCCCCGACUUGUUCUCCAACAUCUAAAUCAACUUCGAAGUCCUAUGUACGUUUUCUUUUGGGAAACGAUUUUCCUUUGCAGCCCAUUCAAUACCCUUCUGCUGACAUUUUAAACCUACAUUCGAAUCUCUUCUCUGAAAAGAAAGAUUUCUAUCCUCGAACUCUAAAAUCAUCGGCUUCUUCACGAAUUCGCGAACUUGCCUGCUACAAUCAACAUAAGCCAAAUUUUCACAACGAAUCCGAAUUAGGGAAAGAGGGAGUAAGUGGUGCCUUCGAUUCUAAUGGAAGAAAAUUAUUCGAUGGUUCAGCGCAGAUGAAGUCCCCACGGUCUGGGAAGAAAUUAUCUAAAAAGGUGAAUUCGGUUAGGCACAGUGUCGGACAUUUUCCCACCACAUCUGGAGAUGAUUUGAAUAUGCUUCGAUUUUCAUCCGAAAUAAGAAUAAAUGUGAUAUUUUGUGUCUUCUUAUCCAAUUUUAGCCAAUUGAUGGAAGUCUUUCACUAUCAUUUGGAUCGCUCGGAUAUCACAAUAAGCAGAUAUGCAAUAUGCCAUUGUUACUCAAUUUCCUUAAGUAGCGAAUCGGAUACUGAUUCGGAAACAGAGAAGCAUAUUGAAGCAUUGAAUCCACCAUUCUCUUUCCCGAAAAGGAAGUCACCUCCUAGUCGAUCUUCAUCCACAAGUGGCAGCUCACAAGAAUCGGAUUGCAUGAUUGAAGAGAUGGAUAAGCUUCUCGAUUCUAUCAAAUUUGGAAAAUGCGAUGGAAGGUCAAAACAGGAAGAGGACUAUGAAGAUGACUUCGAAGAUACUACUGAUAGCGAUGCCAGUAACAAAGAAGAGGAAGAAAUUAGCAGUUUUGGGCAAGAUUACAGCACUGAAACAUUUGAGGACGAUGNUGAAUAG